AAGCUCACAGCUGUUUUCACUACAACAAAACUUCGUGAACGCUUGUUCCAAAUUUUACGUAAUUCGUAUUUGGAAGCCGAUUCGACGAGCAGUUAGUCAAUCCUCCAGCGAAAUGUCGCUCAUCCGCCAAGUGAUGUGGAGAAGGGCAUCUCCUCUGCAACUGUACCAGGCAAAUAAACUAGCAUCGACUCGCUGGGCUUCCCAAGAUGUGGCUCCAUUGGACCCUAAGACAGCACUUGCUCGCCCUGAGGAGCUGGAGCAGCGUAACAAGCUGAGCGGCAAGAUUACUGUGCCAACGGCUGUAAAUCUUAGCCCGAUCUCCGGCGUACCGGAGGAGCAGAUAAAGGAGCGGCGAGUGCGCAUUCACAUCCCACCGAAGAACGCCAUGCAGAGCGGCACUGACAACAUCAAUACCUGGCAGAUUGAGUUUGACAAUCGCGACCGCUGGGAGAACCCUCUUAUGGGCUGGGCCUCGACCGGCGACCCACUGUCAAAUCUGAACGUGCAGUUCGGCUCCCAGGAAGAGGCCAUCACAUACUGCGAGCGCAACGGUUGGCGUUGGUAUGUCGAUGGCGCCGAGCAGAAGCCGAAGAAGGACCGUGUCAAGAACUACGGAAUCAAUUUCUCCUGGAACAAGCGCACGCGCGUUUCCACCAAGUAAAAAAGAAUGCAUAGUAUAGUGCAAUUUAUUUUUGUUCAUUACCAAGAAACCUAAGCUAAUAAACGGUAAAGUUCUAUCAGAUAUGGAUUAGAAUAAA